AUGUUCAGGACCGAUGCCAGGUCGGAGGCGAUCUCCCCGGAGAGCUGUCAGGCUCCACCGGUCGAUGAAAAGGGAGGAUUGAAACAAGAGGAGGAUGACGAGGAGGAAGAGGCGAGCGUCUUCAGGAAGACCAGGCAUCCUUCCUCCAAGACGUCUCAGUAUGAAAACACUCUGCGAUUGUCAGCGCCCCGAACGCGGAGCCGCGGCCCUCAGGAGCCAGGGUCCCUUCACACACCUCUGUGUGAGAACAACUGUCCCAUUUGGCACGUUGACCCCCGAGUGAGAAACGUCAUCAUCACCGCUCGAUUGCUGCAGCUCUCACAACCCAAACAGACCCAUCCUGACUACCGCAGCAACAGGGAGAGUGCUGCUUCCAUCGUCUCCUUAGCGUCCAGAACAGCUCGGAUAUCUCAGCGACUCGCCCAGUUGUCGCUGCCCAAACUGAAGCAGAGCAACAUCUGCUACCAGCUGGGGCGCUUCGAGGAACCAAUCUGGAUUGUCUCAAGAGCAGCAAAAAGGGCUUCAGCAAGUGUUCGAGUUGAGACGCUGGCAGCACCAAAACAGCUUCACAAAGACUACAUUCCUCCACAAGAGCCAGAGUGGAACCUGAGAGAUGCAAAGACCAAUAAGCCUCUGUGGAAAUACUAAGAAAAUUCUCUAUUUCUUAAAAUUGUUCCCAAAUUGUUUGUUUCCUCAGCUUUUUGCCUUUAUUUCUGAAUAUAUGGCACUGUGAAAGUG